CAGAAGAGCAUCCCAGAUUCAUAAUUUUUCAGAUAUCCUUCUGUUUCCCAUCUUGAGAAAAUUUUUGCUAUCAUUUUACAUAGUGUCCAGUUGUUUGAACAGUUAUAAUAUAUACCUCGAAGGCCUAAAAGUAAGAGCGAUAUGGCUUCUGCUCCACCCGCUUUCUCUACUGUAAUCAGACCAUCCUUGAAGCACAACAGCCAUAGACGCCUACGAGUGAGAGCUCAGAGCUUUAGAGAUGAAGGGAGACAAAGCAAUAUGGUGGAUGCAAGCUUGAGUGUUCUAAGGGAAAGGAUAGAACAAGUUCAAAUAAAGGAGAGACUGGAGAGGUGUUGCAGACGUGAACAUGGGUGGAACUAUGCACCAGGGUACAAUUACAAACCCAAAAGGGAUACCCAAUUAUCAGAUUUCUUUGGCCUGGUGGGUUUGGCUGCUGGGACUGUUGGCAUCACUCUUCUCAGUGGUACCCUUGGCCUUUGCCUUGUUUCCCUGGUGGUUCAUUUGAGUCAAUGAGCUACACAGAGAUAAGAAUGGAAGUUGUGUUGAGUCUGUUGACAGUUGACAAAGAUGAUGUGAAAUCCAGAAGUUAAUUCUUUAUGUAAAAAGUGAUGUAAUGAAAGCACUGUACUUAGGAAAUAUGAUACAAAAGUGGUUGAUCAACUACUAAUUAGCCAUCUUCAGCAGCUGGCCAAGUUGAAAACAUACUUCAACUAGGCUUUUCUUAA